AUGGAGGUUUCGGUGGUCAAUCAUGUUGCAAUCAUUGUCAUUGCCUCAGUAGUGGGAUUGGUAUGGUCGCUAUUGAUGAUAGUAAUUAGAAUCUUCUUGCGAGUUGUUGGAGUAGUGCAGACAUCAGUAACACUUCACGCUGUACACAAUGGCAUUGGCCAACAGGAGGACUUACUUGUGCCCGACGACGCUGAUGCUGGGUUGAAAGCAUUUUUUGGGGAGUUGUUUCAGUCAUUGUCUCAGCGACGCAGUGUAGUCUGCCGCGGCCAUGGAAUAUUGGAGCCACUCAUCAAUGUGAUAGCAUGGUACAGUGGACACCCAGCAUUUCAUAAGGGAAAAAGACUUUGUGUAGUCCUUCUAACCUGUCUCUUGGCCAUCAAGUUUGUCCGAUGGACCGUGGUCGAGACGGGCAAUAUGCUGAUCGAACUGCUAAUUCCCGGCCUCAUCAUCAAGGUGCUUUGGAGUCUUCAAGCGCGGUUGAAGACAAAGCUUUCCGUCCUGCUGGCAUUUUCAGUGCAACUUCUUGUCGCAAUCCCGACCAUCUUCCGAUUAGUCCUUCUCCGCGAGAUGACGACUGAAGACAUUCGUAACGACCGGACGUUUGCAAUCACUAACACAGUAGUUCUGACUGAGAUCACGAUGCACUUCUCCCUCAUGGCUGCCACCUUCCCAUGUCUUCGCAAAUUUCUGCAAGCAUUCGAUACAAAUCUGGGCGCAACCACUCAUAUGACUACUGCACCUGACGGCACAGACAAGAGUGGUUCAAAGGGAAGUUAUGCGCUCAAAUCUCUAAAACGCCCUUCCCAGGGAGCAGGUGGCAGUUUCGAGCAGUGGCCUCGCCAUAGUCGCCGGCCUGGUCGGAGAUAUCAGCCACACACCGUGACGACGAUUUCGGCAGGCAUGGAGGAUUCAGGUCCUUGUAUAGAAGGGACGGAUAGAGGGAAUGGGGAACGAACAAUCAACAAUGAUAUAGAAAGUGGAAGUGUAGAGAGUGAUGAUAGCCAACUUGCUAUAAUUAGACGGACGCAACAUUGGGAAGUUACGGUGGAGUCGAGAGGAAACUGA